AUGCCUUUCGAUCUCAACUCGGUUCCUGACUAUGAUGACCUUCCAAAGGUUGAAGGCAUGCCCAAAGGCUGUGCUUGGGGUGUCUUUGACCAAGACGGUAAAAAGGACAUGGUUGGAACACUCAACUUCUUGACUCCAGAGGUUGUCAAGAACGCCGCUCUAGAAGUCAAGGACGGAGUCUCAAUCUCUCUCAACUGGCCCAUCAAUGCCAUGAACAAGCUUGCUAUCCCCGGGCGCAAGGCAGCUGAGCACAGAGUCUUGUACAUCCCCGAAAGCCUGGCGGAGCUUCCUUUCGAGCAGGGCAAGUCGUGGGAUGAUGAGCUCGACUUUAAUACCCAGGGAAGUAGCCAAUGGGACAGCCUGUGCCAUUUUCAACACCAGGACUCUGGCUUGGCUUACAACGGCGCAAACCCGGACAAGGAAGCGUUGUCUACCGAGUCGACUGCGUCGAACACCAUGCCGACGUUGGAUCAUUGGCAUACGCGUGGAUGUAUCGCCGGAAGAGGUGUCUUGAUCGACUAUGCUUCCUACGCCGAGGAGAAGGGUAUCGAGUUUCACCCUUUUGACGGAAACCGCAUCACUGUGGAGGAUCUGGAAGCCUGUGCCGCACACCAGGGUGUCGAGUUCCGACCCGGCGACGUCCUCCUCGUGAGAACCGCCGCUACAGAAGUCGUCGACAAGAUGGAUCCUGUAGGUUUAGGCAAGAUGGUCGCCGCCAAACUGUCUGGCCUUCAUGGGUGCGAGGAGACUGCACGAUGGCUCUGGAACAAGCGCUUCUCGGCUGCUGCAUCCGACUCGAGCAGCUUUGAGGCGUUUCCUCCUCUGAAGCCUGAUGGAUCGAUCGGUGGGAUGAAAGACCUGGUGCUUCAUACAUAUUGCCUCAGCUUCUUUGGCAUGUCAAUCGGCGAACUGUGGGAUCUCAGCAAACUGGCCGCAUACUGCAAAGAGACGAAACGGUACUCUUUCAUGAUCACCUCAUCGCCUUUGAACCAGCCGGGGCUAAUUGGAUCGCCUCCAAAUGCGCUGGCCAUCUUUUAA